UUCUCUGCAAUAGAAGUUGUAAAUACAGAGUCUUUUCUACAACCACAAUUCAUAUCAAUGGUGACCAGCCUCGCAUUCGUUCUCCCGGGAAGAAACACCCAUCACACCAAAGCCAAUCCCACUUUCAAUUCCCAAGACGCGCUCAAUUUGCUCCGUCACUCUCACAAUCUCAACCAAUUGAAGCGAAUUCACGCCAGAAUCAUCCGAAAUGGUUUAUCUCGCAACGAAUUAGUCGUAAUCAAGAUGCUUCGCUUGUGUUUCUCUUAUAAGGAAAUCGCUUACGCGAGUUUGAUAUUCCAUCACCAUCCAAUCCCAUCCACCUUCGCUUGGAAUCUCAUGAUCAGAGCUCAUACCCUUAAUGGCUGCUCAAUUGAAGCUCACUCUUUAUUUAACCUCAUGAUUUCCCAAGGUAUCCCCCCUGAUAAAUUCACUUUCCCUUUUCUCGUAAAAGCUUCUUUCUCUGUAGAUAGAGCUAGAGAAACGCAAGCUCUCGCUAUCAAAUACGGCUUCUUCAACGACAUCUACGUUCAACACACCUUAAUGGACUUUUACCUUAAAUCAGGUCAUUUAAACUGCGGUCGUAAAUUGUUCGAUAAAAUGCCUUCCAAGAAUACCAUCUCCUGGACAACAAUGAUCAGUGGCCUUACUUCCAACGGAGAUUUAGAAACUGCACAACAACUGUUCGAUGAAAUGCCAAUACGAAACGUAGUUUCAUGGACAACAAUGAUCAAUGCCUACGCCAAAGCCGGACAUCCCCACAAAGUAUUCGAACUGUUCAGGAGAAUGCAGCAAGAAAACGUGAAGCCGAACGAGUUCACAUUAGUGGGUCUGUUAAAUGCUUCCACUAAGCUGGGAUCUCUCAGUUUAGGAAGAUGGGUUCAUGACUAUACACUCAAGAACAAAUACCCAAUUGGAGUUUUCCUUGGAACUGCCCUUAUUGACAUGUACAGCAAAUGCGGUAGCUUGGAAGAUGCGAAAAAAGUAUUUGAUGAAAUGGAAACUAAAAGCAUAGCGACAUGGAAUGCGAUGAUAACUAGCUUAGGGGUGCACAGCCAUGGAAAUGAAGCAAUUGAUUUGUUCUUGAAGCUUGAGAAGAGUAAUGGUAUUGAACCGGAUGAGGUAACUUUUGUGGGGAUUUUAUGUGCAUGCGUACGUAUAAAUGAUUUGGAUAAAGCUAAUUGGUAUUUUAAACAUAUGACUGAACAUUAUGGAAUUGCAGCCAAUUCUGAACAUUUUAGUUGUAUGAUUGAACUCUACAGUGAAGCUAAUAUGCUUGAUGAAGUUGACAGAUUGGUAAUGAGUUUACCUGAUUCAAUCAGAAGGGAAGUUAUAGCAUCCUUGGUUCAAAGAGGAAAGAUAUUGAAUAGCAGCAAUCCAUCUCAAUGUCAAUAAUAUAUUACAGUUGAAUAAACUGUUCGAGUAAAUACAAAUCAUUACACGAGUUGGGAACGACAGGGGAACUAUAUGAUGAAGUAUGUAUGAAACUGUUCGAGUAAAUACAAAGUGAUUACACCCCUGUUUGAACAGCCUCUGUUAAUCCUGUUUUUUUUUGAUAAGAAUUGAUACGAUCUUUAUAAGGCUCCUCCUCUGAAUGAAAUUCAAUGGGAUCCAAAGAGACCAUGUUCUCAUCCAUAGGAUCCCAAGUGCCUGGAUCAAUCAAAAGUUCAAUUGAUUUACUAUCUUCCUUCAACCCUUUGAACGAAAUGCGGCAAAAAGAGGGAAAAUCAUGGACCAACCCCAUCAUCUUCUUCACCCGUAGGCGAGUUGUGAACAGAGGAUUGGGAAACUAUAAGAUGAUGUAUGAAAUGGAGUGUGUUUUUGAGCGGUUUCGCAUAGAGAUUGAAGAGUAGUUAGUAUAGGCUAUUAUUUUCUCAUCUACAUAUCUUAGAUGUCUAGGAUGGUAAUUAAGUUACAUUAUUUGCAAUAGAAACAAAAAUAAAUAAAUGAUUUAUA